CGAAAAAGUAGUCAUUGCCCAGUGUUUCUUCUUUGGAAACAACACACAAAUUAACUGGAAACACCACAACAAGCAAGUCGAGGCAGUCGUAACUUUCACAGUCAACACAGCGCUCGUCGACAACAAUCAUCGCCAGUAUGAUUCACCAGAUUCCGUUGGAAGUCGAACCGACGACUUCUUCGCUCAACAAGCGCAGUCACGCUGGCUUGAAAGCUCAUGCUGCUCCCAAUGAUGUGACGGAGGUCCAGCAGCUGUCAACGUCGUCUCUGAACGCCCUAAGAACUCGACAAGCCAUGUGGGCGGUACUGUGGAAGGACAUUGUCAAGGAAUACGCCGAAGAAGAACCCGAAACAGCGACGUCUUCCGGAUCUCUUUCGUCCGAUGAUGAUGACGAGGACGAAGAAGAAGAAACAGGCAUUGCACAAGCGCUUGUGCGCGCCGCCUUUUCGCCGACUCUCUCUACUCCAGACUUGGCCAAACUCGUCAUGAAUGUGACCGGUACAUCACACCAGACGACAGUCGACGAAGGCCCCGUGACCAAGAAAGCUCGAGUGGAAUCGGACAGUCACCAAACCUCCGGCCCUCCCAUGGAAUCCAUCAAGUUCACCAACAAUUGUCAAGUUCGUCGUCACUCCAUGAAGCUCAGCGUCUCGGCCCCGUCGCUCCUGCACGUUGAUCAACGCACCAUGCAAGCCUCCACUGACCUUUCCGCCACCAUUACCAACGCCGUCAAACCCGACGACUUGUUGCGUGAGAUUCUGACUUCCAAGGAUCGUUCCAUCGAGACGUUUGCCGCAAUGGACCUGGAACAGGACUUUUUUGAGCCCGUGACCGAAGCCGCCAUUACCGCCUACGAUAUGCCGGUUGUACAAGCCGUCCGCGAAGCAGAAAUCGAAACCUUGCACCGGAUGAAGGAAUCUGGCCGUGAUCUCAACGCACGAAACAAGUUUGGUGAGUCCGUCUUGCACAUUUGUUGUCGCCGCGGAUCCACGCAAGUCUUGGAUUUUCUACUCCAGCAAGUGCAACUUUCGCCCCGCGUCUGCUGCGAUUACGGCCGCACGCCUCUGCACGAUGCUUGCUGGACGAGCUCGCCCAAUUUUGCAAUCAUUGACAUGUUGACCAAAGUGUGUCCGGAUUUGUGGCACGUGCGCGACAAGCGGGGAUUUACACCGCUCGAGUACGUCAGUCGGGAGCAAUGGAACGUUUGGGGCACCUACUUGCGCUCUCGUUCGGUGGAGCAGUUGGCGGCGCGAGAGUUGAUGUGA